GUCCCGGCAGAGCCGCGCCCGGAGCAGCGGGGCCGGGCCAUGGCGCGGCGGGGGGUGAUGCUGCUCCCGCUGGAGGCGAUGCCCGUCCUGCUGGUCCUGCUGGGAGCCGCGCUGCGCCCGGCCGGUGCCUUCAACCUGGACGUGGAGCGCCCGGCCGUCUACUCGGGCCCGGCGGGCAGCUACUUCGGCUUCGCCGUGGACUUCUUCGCUCCCGACCCGUCCUCGACGUAUCUCCUGGUGGGAGCUCCGAAAGCAAACACUACCCAGCAGAACAUCGUGGAAGGAGGGCAGGUGCUCAAAUGUAACUGGAACUCCAACAGGAACUGCCAGCCCAUCAUAUUUGACGACACAGGUAACAGAGAUUUUGCUCCCGAUGAUCCGCUGGAAUUUAAGUCUCAUCAGUGGUUUGGAGCCUCUGUGAGAUCCCAAAAUGAUAAAAUUCUGGCCUGUGCCCCAUUGUACCACUGGAGAACUGAAACAAAACAAGAGAGAGAGCCUGUAGGAACUUGUUACCUGCUUGCUGGGUCAAAAUUUGUGGAAUAUGCUCCUUGCAGGUCAACAACUAUUGAUGCAGAUGGGCAGGGAUUUUGUCAAGGUGGAUUUAGUAUUGACUUUACAAAGGGAGACAGGGUGCUGCUUGGAGGACCUGGAAGUUUUUACUGGCAAGGCCAGCUUAUUUCUGAUCGAGUGACGGAGAUUGUGGCCAAAUACGACUCCAAGGUCUACAGCACCAAGUAUGAUAACCAGCUGGCAACCAGGCCUGCCAGUGCUGCUUUUGAUGACAGCUACUUGGGUUACUCGGUGGCUGUCGGAGACUUCAAUGGUGAUGGCAUAGAAGACUUUGUAUCAGGAGUCCCGAGAGCAGCGAGAACUCUGGGAAUGGUGUCCAUUUACAAUGGGAAGAACAUGUCUUCUAUGUACAACUUCACUGGAGAGCAGAUGGCUGCCUAUUUUGGGUAUUCAGUGGCUGCCACAGACAUCGAUGGGGACAAUUUUACAGAUCUGUUUAUUGGAGCCCCCCUUUUUAUGGACCGAGGCUCAGAUGGGAAGCUUCAGGAGGUUGGCCAAGUGUCCAUUUGCCUGCAGAGAUCCUCUGGAGGGUUCCAGACCUCCAAGCUGAACGGCUUCGAGAUCUUCGCGCGCUUCGGCAGCUCCAUCGCCCCCCUGGGGGACCUGGACCAGGACGGCUUCAACGAUAUUGCAGUGGCUGCACCGUACGGUGGAGAGGACAAGAGAGGACUUGUCUACAUCUACAAUGGAAGAGCAAGUGGUUUGAAUGCAGUGCCAUCCCAAAUUCUGGAAGGGCAGUGGGCCGCUCGCACGAUGCCACCCAGCUUUGGGUACUCGCUGAAAGGAGCCACGGACGUGGACAAAAAUGGAUAUCCAGACUUGAUUGUUGGAGCCUUUGGUGUUGACACAGCCGUUCUGUACAGGGCUAGACCAGUUAUUAGAGUAAAUGCUGCUCUGGAAGUCAAUCCAACCAUUCUAAACCCAGAAAACAAAGCCUGUUCACUGGGAGAUGUAAAAGUUUCUUGCUUCAAAGUAAAGUUCUGCUUAAAAGCGGAUGGCAAAGGAAAGCUCCCCAACUCCCUCAAUUUCCAAGUGGAGCUGCUGCUGGAUAAACUUAAACAGAAAGGAGCUAUAAGGAGAGCUCUUUUUCUCCACAGCAAACAGCCCAGCCACUCUAAGAACAUGACUAUUACAAAGGGGGGCAAAAUGAACUGCGAAGAACUCGAUGCCUUCUUGAGGGAUGAAUCUGAAUUUAGGGACAAGCUAACUCCCAUUACUAUCUUCAUGGAAUAUCGUCUGGAUUACAGAACAGCUGCAGAUGCAACAGGAUUGCACCCUAUCCUCAAUCAGUUCACCCCUGCUAAUAUGAGCAGACAGGCACACAUUCUGCUGGACUGUGGGGAUGAUAAUAUCUGCAAACCAAAGCUGGAGGUGUCAGUAGAAAGUGACCAGAAGCAGAUCUACAUUGGUGAUGACAACCCCUUGACCCUCAUUGUCAGUGCUCAGAACCAAGGGGAAGGGGCCUAUGAAGCAGAGCUCUUUGUCGUCGUCCCGCCCCAAGCGGAUUUCAUCGGAGUUGUUCGUAACAACGAGGCUUUAGCCAGACUGUCCUGUGCAUUUAAAACAGAGAACGAGACUCGCCUGGUGGUUUGUGACCUGGGCAAUCCCAUGAAAGCAGGAACUAAGCUGUUGGCUGGCCUGCGUUUCAGUGUGCACCAGCAGUCUGAGAUGGACACCUCUGUGAAGUUUGACUUGCAAAUCCGAAGUUCCAACCUGUAUGACAAUCUAAGCCCAGUAGCAUUCUAUCAGGCUGACCUUGCCAUUUUAGCAGCUGUUGAAAUUAGAGGUGUGUCAUCUCCUGAUCACAUAUUCCUUCCUAUUGCAAAUUGGCAGCCGAAGGAGAACCCAGAAACAGAGGAUGAUAUUGGGCCUCUAGUUCAGCACAUUUAUGAGCUGAGAAACAAUGGUCCAAGUGCAUUCAGCAAGGUGAUGAUGACCCUGCAGUGGCCUUACAAGUACAAAAACAACACUCUGCUCUACAUUGUUCAGUAUGAGAUUGAUGGUCCCAUGAACUGCACUUCUGACAUGGAAAUCAAUCCCUUGAAAAUUAAGAUUUCUGCUUCUAAGGAUGAUGAUAAGAAUGACACAGUUGCCAGGGAGGAUAACCGUGACCAUCGGAUCAGCCGGAGGGAUUUGGCUGCCGCCGAGGGGGAUGUGCAGACCUUGGGCUGUGGGACUGCUGACUGUUUAAAGAUUGUGUGUCAAGUUGGCCACCUGGAAAGGGGAAAGAGUGCAAUAUUGUAUUUAAAAUCACGCCUUUGGACCCAAACUUUCAUGAAUAAGGAGAAUCAGAAUCACUCCUACUCCCUCAAAUCAUCUGCUUCUUUUAGUGUUAUCGAGUUCCCUUAUAAGAACCUUUCCUUUGAAGAUAUCCACAACUCCACAGUAGUUACUACAAAUAUUACCUGGGGCAUUCAACCACAGCCUAUGCCGGUGCCCGUGUGGGUUAUAAUUUUGGCUGUCCUGGCAGGGUUACUGCUCUUGGCUGUUCUAGUGUUUGUUAUGUACAGGAUGGGCUUUUUCAAACGUGUGAGGCCACCUCAGGAAGAACAAGAAAGAGAACAACUGCAACCGCACGAGAACGGGGAAGGAACAUCAGAAGCUUAGCAGAGUUUUAUCUGUGAGGCAUUCUGAAAUUUCAAAUUGCCUGCAUCUUGGUUACAAACAUUGGCUUCCCCAUCAACAAAAACAAAAAACCACUCACAGCUGCAGAGCUGCUGGUCUUGGCAUCAGCACCUGCAAAAUAAGAGCAAUAUAUUUAAAUCCUCCUUUUUGUAUUAAUUCUGUUCAUACCUGCAACUAAUGCAGCUGCACUGACUGGUGUGUGAGGAAAAACUCACCUGAUAUGUAGUGCUUUGACUUUGCUUACUGGGAUACAGGAGACAUCAUCUUUUUUGGUUAACGUACCAACUUUCCAUGAAUUUCUACAUGGAUUCUGCAUUUGCUCUUGAAGCCAACAGUUUCUGUAGAUACUUGUUGCAUUACAUGUUUAGUUUCAGUUGAUUUUUGUUGGAGUACACUACAUUUCAUUUUCUAGCUCUUCAAAGUUAGUUGCACAAAAAAAAUGAAUGUAGCUUGUUUUACAGAACUGAAGAAUGUUCUUUGACCCAUUAAAUCUGACGACAAUUUUUUCUCCUUCUCAAAAAAAUAUGAAAUAUUCAGUGGAAUCAUUCACAUCUGAUACCUAUUCUUGUUGCCCUGCCUGCUUAGUGAUCUGUCUUGUGGUUUCUCUCUAGAUUUUACAAAUACUGUUCUCCCGGUCCUGGGUUUCUGACUGUGGGGAUUGAGCCUACAAACACAAAAUGAGCAACAGAAAGCUGGGGCUGAUGUCCUUUCUGUGGCACUGAGGGAAAAGAUUCAGGGCAAGAUCCAAAAACUCUGCUGUGUGUUUCCUCAGAGCAGGAUCCAGGUGUUGCACAGAAUUCUUGGCAGCACAGCACUGCCAGGGACAAGAUGUUGGAUUGUGGCUGCCCACAGACACGCCUGAGAAAAUCCAUAGCCUGAAUGUCCACAAGACAAACCUCCACAGGGUUUGAAAUGAAGUCUGUGUAUUACUUGGAUUGAGUUUCAGUUUCUGGCAGUGGAGGGAAUACUCUGUGACAGGUUACCUGAUGCAGGAGCUGUUGUUCAUUCUCACAUUUUGUGGUUGGCCAUGCCCAAGUGCAGGAUGGAAUAACAUCGGGACUUGUUUGAUCCAGGCUACCUGCCAGCCAUGUGGAUCCUGGCCACGCUCACACCUGCCUUGCCUCCUGCCCUGAGAGAACAGCGAGCUUGUCAAAUGAGGCAAAGCAGAGCUGGCAAUGUGAAAGGGUUUGAAAAGAGAAGGUUGAUGUGGCUUAUUUAAUUUUACUCAUUCAUUGUUUCAUUGGCUUGUUUCAUUUCACUCAUUCAUUGGAUGUUCCACUGCACAAAAGACAUUUCAUUGCACAAGACAUUUCAUUAUGUUCAAUACAUUUCAUUACCAGAAAAGACACUAAAUAUUUUGUUUCAUUGUUGUUUCUUUAAACUCACCGGAAGGUCAGUGGUUGAAAGCCACAGCCUUACAUCAUUCUUAGCCUAUUUCCCUCACCACUGGUGUGGUAAAGUGAAGCUUCUUACACUUCUGAGAGAACACAAGAAUAUUGUCUGUGCUCUUCAGUAGACGGCACUGUUAAAAGGUACCAUCUACAAGAUGUUUAGAAUGUAAUUUAUUCCCUUCUGGGAAUAAAUUGCAGUAUAAACUCCCUGUGUGCAGCCCACAUACACAAAGGAAGACUUCUACUGUAUUUACACCACUGAGAUUUCUAUGUAGACAAGCUCUUCAAAGGAGGAAAAAAUCUGGUUGGUUUGGUUUUAUACUUUGGGGUCUUUGUUCAAAGCUGCUUCUCCCCCAUAAAUACUGCAAAUCCUGCUAAACCCAGAAUUAUCUGAAAUGAACAGUUUGAUUCUGCAUCCUUUCAGACAUGUAAAAUCCACAAAUGGAUUUUGUUGUUAAGUCCAUUCUUACUCUCUGAACCAUGAUGGCAUCUGAGUCCUUACACAAAGUCUGUGGGGGCCAGUAGGUACACCAGAUAUAGGCUUGCAUAUUUAUCCAUUUACAUGGGUUUGUUUUAGACAGUUUGUUUAGAUAUAAUUACUUUAUAUGAAAGACCAUAGGGUGUAAUUUUGUUUUAACUGAAUUUUCAAGGUCUUCAGCGUGGCCAAAAAUGUUUUAUUUUUGCCUUUACUUUUAGUGUUGUUACUAGUUCUGUAGUAAAGCAUCAGGAGUGAGGCUUUAAUCCUGGCCUCAAAAUGUGUCUUUGAUAGAACAGCAUUUCACUUCCUUGUAGUUCACACACUUUGUCAACCGAUUAUCUGUGUGCAGGGAGAUUGGUUUUACCCAGUCUUAAUCUUAGUAGGUUAAGAGGUUUAAGAGACUGGCAGACAGAUUAUAGCUCUAAUUCUUAUAUGUGUGCUUUCAUUACAUGUACACACCACGUUGACUUGAAAUUUAUGAGACUACUUGCAUGUCCAGGCGUUAUAAGGAGAUUAAAAAACUGUUUUACAAAAGCACCAUCGAGAUCUCUCCAGCUCAUGUGGAAGGGGUACUGCAGCAUUGUUAAUGCCAGUGCUAACUGCAUCCUCAUUUUACUGUGCAAACUGGAAACUCAUUUUGCUGACUUUCAGGAUAAAAAGGUACAUUUUAUUGGUACAACUACUGUAGCUACGGAAAGUUUCUUCCAUUUUUGAAGUUACGUAAAGUAGGACUUAUUUAAGUGAUUUUUUUUUUAUUUCCUGCAUUCUGCUGGAGAGUAAAAGCAAAUAGUUGCUUCUCCCACCUCCACUGGUUUCCAGUUUGGUUAAGAACCCCUCAGGAGCACAUAUAAAUGGAGUGUACAGGUUACUUAGUGAACACAGAUAUAAAACCUCAAAUUCAGUUUAAAGUAACCUUUGUGUUUCAGGGAGGUUCUGAACUGGAAGUUUUCCUGAAUGGGGAUGCAGGAAACAUUUAGGAGCAUGUUCUAUGUUCAGCAAUAAGACUCCAGACUUUGUAUGGACUCGUGUCAGUAUAAAUUUCAUACUGACUUCCAGGCGUCGAUGUAUUCUAAUAGCAAAUAUUGUAGAACGAUGUUAAAUUUUUUAAAGAAACUUUUAGAAAAUGUGCUUUGGAAUGAAAUUAAUGUCUUUGAGUCAAAACUGAUGUGCAUAAGAUGCAUACUGGAAGCAUUUUUAUAAAAUACAAGUACAGUAACAGAGAAUUAGCCUUCUUUUGAGAGUUCUGUUUCAGAAGCAUAUUUUUUAUGAAUAUAAAAUCAACAGCUAUGUAAUUAUUUAGACAGUAAAAACAUUUUAAAAGAGCUAUAUCUUUUAUAAUGGAAUAUGAAUUUAUAUAAGUACUCCAGUUUGCAAUUAUUGCAGCAUCUCAUGAUCAAUGAAGUGAUUUGUAUUACAAAAUGCAUAUUAUCUAUUACUAUAUCUGACAAUAUUUUGAAAAUGUAAAGCAAGGAACCUAAUUUAUAGGUUUACAUCUCUUUCAAGAAACUAUGAAAUUGUGGAGAUAGCUUUUUUUUUUUUUUAAGCAUGACUGUAAAGUCAAGUAUGGGCUAUGUUUAUCAAUAUAAUUUGAAAUCUUUGAGGAAAUUUUUUGUAUCAAGUUCAUAAUUUUAUUUGUCCCAUUUUUUUGUUUUAAAUUUUGAUUUACAUGUUGAACUUCGAUUCGCAUAGUGUUUGUGGAAACUUUAAGAAAGUUUAUUCUAUGUGCUCUUUCUUUAUAAAGCAUUUAUUCCAAGGAAAUAUUUUAAAUAUUUAGUUGUUUCUAAACUUGUGUUCAUACUUAAAUAACCUUUAAGGUAGCCUGUUGCGGGUAUAUUGAAAAUAUUUCGGCCAUAGUCAGCAUUCUCUUGGUUUUGAAGGAAUUCAUGUUGCACUUACAUUUUUGCAACAUUUGGGUUUGCUGGUGGUUACCCUGAUGGUAUUUUUUAACUACACCCUCACAGUCACAGAGCAGUGAAAAUUGAGUCAGGUUUUGUCUUUGGUCCAGACUAACGCGAUCCUUUGCGUUCAACGCUGCUGGCUGUUAACGAGGGGGGGGUAAAAAAAAGGAUUUUAUAAAAGCAAAAUGGAAAUCCAAACAAUGCAAAGGUAAGGGCAGACCCCACAUGAGCCUCACAGCAAAAAGGCUGUGGUUUGUCUGUCUGGGAGAUGGGAAGAACCCGUCGGUUCUCUGUUGGCAAUGGCCUCCUGUCAGGACCAAAUGGCAGUUUGGAUUAUGAUGAUGUGCUGUGCUCAGAUCUGGGUGGGAUUGGAACUCUUUGGUACUGAAUCUCUAGGUUCUAAUUCCCACACUAGUUGGCUGCCAAUUUGUUCAUUUUUGUUUGCCUGAGAAGGGAUGUGGCAUUUGUUGGCCUACAAGGUCUGUAAGGACAAACCAAACCGGUGUGUCCAACUGAGGUGAGGAAUGAACGGAAUCGGAUGUUUUUCAUCGCCCACAUUGGGUGAAACACGAUGUAUAUUCUCAAAUGUAUCCAUUACUAAUUGAGUUAUUGAGGACUGGUACAAUUAAGUCCAUUGUGGAAAGUUCAACUAGAGGCUGUACAACAGUGGUUUUGAAUCUGUAAUGUUACUACUGUUUCAUAUGUGAUUAUGGUAUUUAGUAUUUUGGUGUAUUUUUUUCCCAGCGUGUAGGAUUUUAAUGUAACACAGGAAAUUUAACCUUUCAUGCAAUGACCUUCUCCAGAUAUGCUGCAUUAAAGUUGAGUAACUUGACUCCUGGCUUUUGCAAAGUUGAUUGAAGAUUUAAUGUAGCAUUUGAAUCUUCAAAAAAAACUUGGACAGGUUUUACUUUUCUAGUCCAGGAAGGAAACCUGUAUUUGCUAUUAUACAAAUAUGCUGAAAAUGUAACAUUUUAUUUCUUUGUAAUGGAAUUUUUUUGCCUUUUUUUUGUUUUUGUUUUUGCUCGUGCAUUAAAUCAGAAGAGCGUUGUUUGCACAAGCAGGAACUUAACACACUAACAAGAGUGCUGCAUUUUGUGUUUCUUAGUCAUGUAGUAAAUACUUGUAAAAUAAAUGGGAAUAUUUUCAGUUACUCUGAACUUGUUUCCAAGGUCUUCGGUACAUUUAAGGAGAGCAAUAAAUGUUUGAAGUCACCUUAUUUUGUAUUAAAUUAUAAAUUGUGGGAAAAAAAAGUGGGUAUUGUGGCACAGUAAUUUUGUACUGGUAUGAAAUAUAUAGCUAUUAAGCUAUGGUUUUCCUUUCAACCCAUUUGUUUCAUCCUAAUGCAAAUUUGAUUGUUUUUAUUAGGUUGUAUUUUUCUACGUAUGUAUACAAUUUCCAAAUAUUAUGAUUGGGUAAAUUGCGAAAUGUAAGCAUUGACUUGAUUCUGAUAUUUAGAAUUUUGGAAUAAAAUACCUCUUAAUCAA